AUGCCUUCCACAGUUGAGAAAGAACGUAAGAAGGCCGAAAAGCUGGCCAAGUUCCAAGAGAAGCAGUCAAAGAAACAGACUGCGCCAGCACCCGCCGCUGACGCACCCAAGACCGCUAAGAAGGAAAAGAUCAAGAAAGCCGCCGCCGUUGAUGCCUACGAACCCCAAAAGAUCGAAGCUGGCCGAUACGAGUGGUGGGAGAGCAGAGGCUACUUCAAACCACAAUUUACGGAAGACGGGAAGGUUAAACCCGAGGGCAAAUUCGUGAUUCCCAUCCCUCCUCCCAAUGUGACUGGGUCGUUGCAUAUGGGCCACGCCCUUACGAACGCGCUGCAAGAUACAAUGAUUCGACAUGCAAGAAUGAAAGGAAAGACUACGGCUUGGAUUCCUGGCUGUGACCACGCCGGCAUAGCCACGCAAAGCGUGGUGGAAAAGAUGAUUUACAAGACCGAGGGCAAGACCCGUCAUGAGAUUGGUAGAGAGGCCUUACUGGAGAGGAUCUGGAGCUGGAAGGAUAAAUACCACGGCAACAUCACUAACCAGCUCAAACGUUUGGGAGGGUCCAUGGAUUGGACGCGUGAGGCUUUCACCAUGGACGACAAUCUCUCUCUUGCUGUGCGGAAGACUUUUGUCGACCUGUUUGAAGAGGGAACCAUCUACAGGGCGGACAGGCUGGUGAAUUGGUGCUCUGCCCUCAGUACCUCUCUGUCGAACCUCGAAGUGGACAACAAGGAGCUCAAAGGCCGAACGAAGCUGAAAGUGCCUGGUUAUGACAAGAUGAUCGAAUUCGGCGUACUUACCUACUUCAAGUAUCCCAUCAGCAAAGGAGAUGAUUCGCACAAGUCAUCGACCUCACCAGACCGCUUCAAGGGUUAUGAAUUCAUCGAAAUUGCUACGACACGUCCUGAAACCAUGCUUGGCGAUACAGCCAUUGCUGUGCAUCCCGAUGACAAGAGGUACAAGCAUCUCGUGGGCAAAUUGGCCAUCCACCCAUUCAUUCCUGAUCGCAAGAUCAUCAUCAUCGCGGACGAAGAGGUGGAGAUGGACUUUGGUACUGGCGCGGUGAAGAUCACCCCGGCGCACGAUCCCAACGAUUUUAUCAAGGGCAAGAAGCACAACUUGGAAUUCAUCAAUAUCCUGAACGACGACGGCACGUUAAAUGCGAGUGCAGGGCCUUAUGCGGGCCAAAAAAGAUUUGACGCCCGUUACGCCGUCAUCAACGAUUUGAAAGAGCUCGACCUCUAUACAAAGCAGGAAGAUAACGCAAUGACAAUUCCCAUGUGUCAGAGGAGUAAAGACGUGAUCGAGCCAGUGUUGAAACCACAGUGGUGGAUGAGGAUGGCGGACAUGGCCAAGGCUGCAGACGAAGCUGUACUGGACGGCCGAAUUCUCAUAAAGCCCGAAUCGGAGUCGCGACGCUUCCAUUUCUGGAUGCAGAAUAUUCAGGAUUGGUGUAUUUCUCGACAACUCUGGUGGGGUCACCGAGCACCAGCUUACUUCAUUGAGCUUGAAGACGGGACAAGUGACGAAGCCGACGGCAAGUACUGGGUGGGAGCCAUGGACGAAGACGAGGCGCGGGCCAAGGCAGAAAAGAAAUUCCCUGGAAAGAACUUUACGCUGAGAUGGGACGAGGAUGUACUAGAUACUUGGUUCUCGUCUGGCCUAUGGCCAUUCUCUACCCUUGGAUGGCCGAACGAGACCUCGGACAUGCGAGAAUUAUAUCCAACCACCAUGCUGGAGACCGGAUGGGAUAUUUUGUUCUUUUGGGUGGCAAGAAUGGUCAUGUUCGGGCUGAAACUGACUGGCGAUGUGCCCUUCACCGAGGUAUAUUGUCAUUCCUUGAUUCGAGAUGCCGAGGGGCGGAAGAUGUCCAAGUCUUUGGGCAACGUGAUUGACCCGCUGGACAUCAUACGAGGUAUCACGUUGGGAGAGCUCCACAAGACAUUGUACGCGGGCAACCUUGACCCCGCCGAAAUUGAGCGUGCCAAAGCAUACCAGAAGUCGGCAUUCCCUAAAGGCAUUGAGGAAUGCGGUGCUGACGCCCUACGGUUUACACUCGUAAACUACACCACUGGUGGAGGCGACGUGGCAUUUGACAUCCGGGAGAUUGAAGCGAAGCGACGGUUUUGCAACAAGAUCUACCAAGCGACCAACUUUGCAUUGGGAAGACUUGGAGAAGACUUUGUCCCUGAUGCUACACCGACCGACAACAAACCAAAAUCGCUGGCAGAGAAAUGGAUCCUCCAUAGGCUCAACAUUGCCACGCGGGAUGUCAAUGAUGCUAUCGAAGGGCGGGACUUCUCUGUGGCUGCGGGCACCUUGUACCAAUACUGGUUCACCCAGCUGUGUGACACGUUCAUCGAAAACUCGAAAUAUAUUCUUACCCCAGAGGCCCCUGAGGAUGAGAGAAGGUCUGCUCAGCAGACCUUGUACACAGCACUCGAGGGUGGCUUGCUGCUGAUGCAUCCUAUCAUGCCUUUCCUGACAGAGCAUUUGUGGCAGAAGCUUCCACGACGGAAAGGUGACACCACUGAAAGUAUCAUGAUCGCAAAAUACCCCGAGUUCAACGAGAAACUCGACGCUCCGCAAGAAGCACAGAAGUACGAGUUUAUCAUGGACAUUGCAUCGGGAAUUCGAAGCCUGCUCUCGCAGUACGGUUUCAAGGAGCCUGGAGAUGUUAUCAUUCAAACCUAUUCGGAUUCGGCUUUCAAGACUGUGUCGGAUGAAAAGACGUCCAUCAAGUCUCUGGGCGGCAAAUACGCAGGCGAGAUCGAAGUCCUGCCACCAGCUACAAACUCCCUCCCGCCUGCUGGGUGUGCUGUGCAAAGCAUCAAUGCGGACGCCGCCGUGUAUCUCAAGAUUGCCGGGCGGAUUGAUGUGGCGGAGGAGUUGAAGAAGCGGCAGAAGAGCAUUGAGGAUGCCAAAGCCCGCGUGGAGAAGAGCAAGAAGAUCAUGAGCGGAGCUGGGUGGGAAAAGGCGAACAAGGAUACGAAAAAGAAGGAGGAAGAGAAGCUGCAGGACGCCGAGAGUGAGGUGAAGAGAUUGGAGGAGGCGAUCAAGGACCUGGAGAGGUUGAAACUAGAGGGCUGA